AUGCCUUCGCGCCGCCGCCCCGCCUCCGGCUACCACGGCGUUCGGGCGCGGCCGAGCGGCCGGUUCGACGCGGAGAUCCACUCCGGCGACGAGCGGAUCCGCCUCGGUACGUACGACACGGCGCACGAGGCGGCGCGGGCGUACGACGCCGUCGCUUGGCGUCUCGGCCGCUCCCGGCGGUCGAUGAAUUUCCACGAUGUCUACACGCGCGAGCAAGCGGAGAUGCUCGCGCCGCCGCCGCCCGUCAUCACGCGCGAGCAGCAGCGCCGGCAACGGGAGUUGGAGCAGCGCCUCCUCAUCGCGGAGCGCGACGAGGCGCUGCACCUCGAGUGGGCGCGCCGCUUCCCCGAAGACGUCGCCGCCACGGAGGCCUUCUAUGCACAGAAGGAGGAGGAGAAGGCGGCGGAGAAGGCGAAGAAAAAAGCUUCGCGCGAGAAGCGCCGCGCCGAGUCCGCGGCGAGGAAGGCGGCGAGGGCCGCGAAGGCGGCCAGGAAGGAGGAGGAAAAGAAGAAGGGCGCAGGGCCGUCGAUGAUCGUCCUCUCCUCCUCCUCCUCCUUCGAGUGGACGACGACGCCGGUGUCGGAGACGACUCCGAGCACCCACUCGUCGGACUUCGAUUGGGACUCCUCCGAGUAG